AUGGCGUUUCAGCAAUUCAUACAGCGUUUCCCUGUGGUUCGGCUUGAGCUGGAUGUAGCGCCUGAGCACCGCCCUCCCCAUCGGCAGCAGGUCCACCUCUUUGACGAACUGGAGGUAGUGGUUCCACACCAUCGCAUGCUGCGUGAUGGGAAGGUUGAGCAGCGCUCGGUCGUACGUUCGUCUUGCGCGUGUGAUCAUGUUCUGCGUUCGGAGGAACUGCCCGUAGAGCAGGUAUAUCGCCGGCGCGGCGUAGACGUGAACCAGACAGUUCUCAAAUACCCGGUUAAUGCGCAGAUACGCAGCCGGAUUUGCGUAGAACGGCGCCUUGAUUGCCUCUAUGCUGUCCCUGAUGUAGCCGUACCACACUUUGUAACUCAGCGGCACGUACUUUACCGCCCGUUCGUAGGUGGCCAGAAUCCUUUCGGUGAUUGGGUCGUUAUCGUGUUCCUGACCACUCGCGGCAGUUCUCUCGUUGUGAGUCGGUGCUUCCGCCGACACAGUUUCGAGCAUGCAUAUAUCCUUUAUCCGGUAUACCCUGGCGUGGCUGCCAGGCUGCCUCAGCGACUUGAGGAGUGCGAUGUGGUCUACCCAUGGUUUGCAGAGGUCCGGGUAUCUGUCUAUGUCUUUGUGGAAUCUUUCAUCGUACAAUGCCGCUAA